AUGGCUGGCCAGGCACUGCCCCCGCCGCGGACACCGUGCCUCGAGGGCCGGGGUCCCGGCGCGCACCCGGGCCACCGCCGCCGCCGCCGCCGCCGGGGAACCCGGCUGCCGGCUGUCCAGUCCGGAGCUCCGACCCCGGCCCCCGCCUGGCCCGCGCGCGGCCCCUCCCUUGCGGGAGGACCAACCGGCCCCGGGGCCCGGGCGCACGUGACGCCCCGCCCCCCCCCCCCCCGCCGCGGCCCCUCCGGAAACCUGAGGCGGCGCCGCCCGGCAGGCCGGAGGCGAGCGAAGUGGGGAGGCCGGAGGCGGGGGACGGGAGCGCCGCGGCGCAGGGCAGCCCCCGCCCGGACUGGCCUGCCUCUGCGCUCCGCCCUCGGGCUGGACUCCCCGGACCUAGCGCACGCGGCGCUGGCCCAUCCUGGCCGUCUGAGCUUGUCAGCUUCUACCCCCAGCCCCAAAUCACCGUUCAGCAGUCCCGCCAACUUCCUCCCCCGACCAGAGAACUCCCACCCUGAGGCACCUGACCUGAGCACUAGUGCCUACCACGCUGGAGCAGAGAGGGUGGUCCUGCAGGUCCCGCCCCUGUCCAGCCCAGGCCCUCAGGUUUAUGCUUCAAAACACAGCCAGAGCGGCUCACUCUCCCCAGGAAGGCCUGAGACACAGCGGGGUAACAAGAUCCCCGGGGGCCCGGCCACCUUCCGUGCCCUGCUCCGUGGAUCAGCAGCCCGCAGCUCGCCGGCCAGGGCAGCUUUACACCUGCUCCACCGCAGCGAGCCGGCGCUCAGGAGCUGCAGCCUGGGGUCCCUGGAGCCACAGGCACGUUUGCCUGUGCCCCUCAUCCCCUGUGGCACCCCACCUGCCUCCUCCAGGAAGCCCCCAGCUGGCCCCCUUACUCUCUGCAUUGAGGUGCAGGGCUCCAGAACGGUUCUGCUGCUCUCGCCCCGCCCCGCCCGGUCGCCAGGGGUCCUCCAGGACCUGAGGCCAAGCAGCCACGCUGACCAGGCCUCUCUGCAGGUGCAGCUCCCAGAUGAUCCCCACAACCCUCCCAAGGCCUGGGGCAAAGGCACAGAAUGUCCCCAUAAUAAGGACACCUUGCCUGGUCCCCAGUGGGGCCUGGGCCUUCCCAGCCUGAGCUGCAGGGAGCAGCAGGGGCUUGACUGGAAAGAAAGGAAAGCUUCUCCCUGGCCCUGGGGAAGGCAGGCCUUUGUUCCCCCACCCUGCCUCCUCCCUGACCAGAGUGAGGAGCAGAUCCUGCUGGCCCUCAGGGGCUGGCGGGAUGCGGCCCUGCUCUACAGGCAGUAG